UUAUGUUUUUAUAUGAACAUUGAAUUUAGAUUUUUUUUUUUUAAUAACCUGUAUUAAAUAAUAAAACGGUCUUGCGUGGUAUUGCGUGGUUCUUUAAGUUGAUAUCACGAUUUUCGAUAAAAUAAAUAUUUUAUGUUUUAAUGAGUUUAAAGUUGAAAAAUCAUAAUUGAAACUGUUUAAUAAUAUAACGGAAUGGACAGCCAAGUAUGCGGUGAUGGUAGAUUAUUAGAUUUAAUAGACGAAGCUUGGCGUAAAGAAAAAUUACCUAUCGACGAUAUAUUAGUACCUGUAGCAGAACUACCAGAUCCUGAAAGUGACAAUGGUGAUUCACACAUGACGUUAAAAGAGUUAGAGCAAAAGUGGAAUAACCUGGCAUUGGGUACAUUAAGUGAAAAUCAUUUGCAUUCACCAACACCUUCACAUAAUUAA